ACAGUUUGCAAAAUUGGGUGCCAAGUGGUGUGAUAGCAGGCGAUGCGAGCAGCAGGAACAGUGUUAUGUAAGAAGUUUAGAGACAGGCAGGUAGCUAUCUCUCAAUCAGUCGAGGCAUAUAAUCAAAAGGAAGCCACAACAACAAACAACAACAUCAGCAGCAGCAGCGAGAGAGAGCGAGAGAGUAAGUAAGCUCGGGAUUUGGAUGGUUGAGCUUGGGUUGUUCGAAUCGAGGUCCGGUUGUGUGCCCAAUUAGCAGUGUUGAUUGAUCUGUGUGCUGGUGGCUCAGUGGGGUCGCGAUUUCUGUUUGGGAUGGAAAGGGAGUGCAAUUGCUUUUCGAAAUUUGGGUUGUGGAAAGAGACGACGAACCGAGAGGAGGAAUCUUGCUUCUCUUCAUUCUUGAUGAAAUUUUAGAACGUUGGAGAGCUGCGACAGCGUCCACAAAAGAAGUCUGGAUCAUUUUGAGUCUGGUUGGAAAUUGGGCGCCGUUCGAAAAGUGUUGGAUCCGCGUUUUGCCGGAAGCGUUCAAGGGCUCAGAGACAAAUUGGACGGCACUCUGUGUGUUCUUGGGCAGUCAGAGUUAUGAAAAAGAGAACGCGUGGCUACUCUCGUUUGAGAUGGAGAAUCGGAGUUUACAUGUUCUUAGGUUUACCUCUCGUUAUUGUGGCGAUGUUGAAGCUUCGGAGCUGGGACGUCUGUGACGAAGUGAAACAACAUCAAAUCAGUGACCCUUUCAAGCCAAAGCUGGCGUUUCUAUUCCUGGCCCGUCAUUUCAUGCCUUUGGACAUUCUUUGGGAGCAUUUUUUUGAGGAAUCUCGAGAAAAUGAAUUUAGUAUCUAUAUCCACGCAAGACCUGGGUAUUCUUACACAGAAGAAAAUACGAUGUGUCGUUUUUUUGUCGAUCGCCAGCUCAAGAAUCCCACCCAGGUAGUAUGGGGAGAAGCGACCAUGAUUCAGGCAGAGCGCCUCUUGUUGACGGAAGCUUUGAAGGAGCCCCUGAACGAUCGCUUCUUACUUAUUUCUGACAGCUGUAUUCCUAUGUACAAUUUUGAAUUCGUCUACAAUUAUGUAAUGGCCUCUGAAAAGAGCUUCGUGGAUAGAUUCAAUUUUAAGUUGGUGAGUUAUUCUAAAUGGGUUUUGGGAGGCAGUUUCAUUGAUUACUCCGAUAAGCAGUAUAACGACGACAUGAAAGCUGUUAUUCCGCAUGAGAACUGGCGCAAAGGGUCUCAGUGGUUUACCUUGACGCGGAAGCACGCAGAAGCUGUUGCAGCAGACUCUACAGUGUUCCCCAUGUUUGUUCAGUAUUGCAAGAAGAAAAACGGCACAAAGAUGCCUCACAAUUGUAUACCCGAUGAGCAUUACAUUCAGACUCUGUUUGCUAUGAAGGAUUUGGAAAGGGAGACGGAGCGGCGGACAUUGACUUACAGCCGGUGGGAGAAUCAUGUGAAGAACAAAGGUAGAGAAGGAUGGCAUCCCGUCACGUUCACCUUUCAAGACUCUACCCUCGAAACUAUUAAAUAUAUUCAGGCUUUCCGCAACAUCCGGUAUGAAACCGAGUCACGCACAGAGUGGUGCAAAGUAGCAGGCAAGGAGAGGCCCUGUUUUCUAUUCGCUAGAAAAUUCACACGGGCUGCUGGGUUUCGCCUUCUGGACCAGGUCACCAAGUACGAGAAGGCAGUACCAUCUUGAGCGAAACCCCAGGCUCUUGACGAACGUCCAGGCAGCUUUGGGCUGUAAAAAUUCUCCAUACCCUUCUCGCAAGCUCAAUGCCGUGCUUAGUCGCAAGAUCAAUACACUGUUCCGCUUGGGGAUCAGCAAUUGUAAAGCGCAUUAUUGAUUUGUAAAGGUGUCACACAACAACCCACACAAGUUCUAGGUCCCUUUUGGGAGAUUAACCAAGCAAGCAGUUAUAGUACACUCUUAGAAUAGUGACGAAAAUGUUUACUCAUUGCAACACUUGUGGUCCACUUGUAGAAUAACUCCUUCCUAUAAUGCUUCUAUUCUUUUUCUUUGGGCCCAAA